UCCCUUCCUGGUUGCGCAGAGGGCUGACGGUGAUCUACCUUAACCUCACCAUGAAGACAAAUAUUAUCAACACAUGGCAGUCCUUUGUAAGAAUCCCCAAUGCGAUCGUCCCAGCUACUGGACAGGAAAUCCGGCGGAUGGAAAACGGAGCGUGCAGCUCCUUUUCUGACGACGACAAUGCCUCUCUGUCUGAAGCAGAGAGUGAGGACUCUUUCUUUAGAAACAGCUCACACAGAAGGCAAGGACCAUCCCAGAGGGAGCAGUACUUGCCAGGCACUAUGGCUCUUUUCAAUGUUAACAACAGCAGCAACAAAGAGCAAGACCCUAAAGAAAAAAAGAAAAAGAAGAAGGAGAAGAAGAGCAAGGCAGAUGAUAAGAAUGAAAAUAAGAAGGACCCAGAGAAGAAAAAGAAGAAGGAGAAGGAAAAAGAGAAGAAAAAGAAGGAGGAGAAAGACAAAGACAAGAAGGAAGAGGAGAAGAAAGAAGUGGUGAUUGUUGAUCCUUCAGGAAACACGUACUACAACUGGCUGCUUUGCAUCACUUUACCUGUGAUGUACAACUGGACAAUGAUAAUUGCAAGAGCAUGUUUUGAUGAACUCCAGUCUGAUUACCUAGAAUACUGGCUCAUUUUUGAUUAUGUAUCAGACAUGAUCUACGUUGUUGACAUGUUCGUACGAACAAGGACAGGUUACCUGGAACAAGGGUUGCUGGUGAAGGACAAAGUAAAACUCAUAGAGAAGUAUAAAGCGAACUUGCAGUUUAAACUUGACGUUCUGUCAAUGGUACCCACUGAUCUGCUGUAUUUCAAGAUAGGGUGGAACUAUCCAGAAAUUAGGUUAAACCGGCUGUUGAGGAUCUCUCGAAUGUUUGAGUUCUUCCAGCGCACAGAGACAAGGACCAACUAUCCAAACAUCUUUAGGAUUUCUAACCUUGUCAUGUACAUUGUCAUUAUUAUCCACUGGAACGCGUGUGUGUACUACUCCAUCUCGAAGGCUAUUGGAUUUGGGAAUGACACAUGGGUCUACCCCGACGUGAAUGAUCCUGAAUUUGGCCGCUUGUCUCGAAAAUAUGUCUACAGCCUUUAUUGGUCUACGCUGACUUUGACAACCAUCGGCGAAACUCCGCCUCCUGUGCUGGAUUCUGAGUAUAUCUUUGUGGUAGUUGACUUCUUAAUUGGAGUUUUAAUUUUUGCCACCAUUGUCGGUAACAUAGGUUCCAUGAUUUCCAAUAUGAAUGCAGCCAGGGCGGAAUUUCAAGCAAGAGUUGAUGCUAUCAAGCAAUACAUGAAUUUCCGAAAUGUGAGCAAAGAUAUGGAAAAGAGGGUUAUUAAAUGGUUCGACUACCUCUGGACCAACAAAAAAACAGUUGAUGAGAAAGAAGUCUUGAAAUACCUACCUGACAAACUAAGGGCAGAGAUCGCCAUCAACGUCCACUUAGACACGUUAAAAAAGGUCCGCAUCUUUGCAGACUGUGAAGCUGGUCUGCUGGUGGAGCUGGUGCUGAAGCUACAGCCCCAGGUGUACAGUCCUGGCGAUUACAUAUGCAAGAAAGGGGACAUCGGGCGAGAGAUGUACAUCAUCAAAGAAGGCAAACUUGCUGUGGUGGCCGAUGACGGAAUCACCCAGUUUGUCGUGUUGAGUGAUGGCAGCUACUUCGGUGAGAUCAGCAUUCUCAAUAUCAAAGGCAGCAAGGCUGGCAACCGAAGAACAGCCAAUAUUAAAAGCAUUGGCUACUCAGACCUGUUCUGCCUCUCGAAAGAUGACCUCAUGGAAGCGCUUACGGAGUACCCAGAUGCCAAAACUAUGCUGGAAGAGAAAGGAAGGCAGAUCUUAAUGAAAGAUGGUCUACUGGAUUUAAACAUCGCAAAUCUGGGCAGUGACCCCAAAGACCUGGAAGAGAAGGUCACACGAAUGGAAGGCUCAGUCGACCUCCUGCAAACCCGAUUUGCCCGCAUCUUGGCUGAAUACGAGUCGAUGCAGCAGAAACUCAAGAAAAGGUUAACCAAGGUCGAGAGAUUUCUGAAACCACUUAUCGAAACAGAAUUUUCAGCUCUCGAGGAGCCUGGAGGAGAAAGUGAGCACACAGAGUCUGCAUGGGACUGA